AAAAAAUGUUGCUAUUUGCCAAAUCCCAUAAAAAAAUGGCAGCCUUCAUGUCGUAAGCUUUUCUUUUCUUUUCUACAAAUGAAAAGUUUUUAUUAAUCAUUUAUGGAUGAAUUAUAAUGCUAGUAGAAGCGAUCCAGAUGGUUAAUAGGAUUCCUGAAACAAUUAUUUAGUUAAUAUCGUUAGUCAUGUACUUCCAAAUGGCUGUAGCGUAAACAUCGGGUUAUAUAUGCAAAUGCUGAACGGAUCGAACGAUACAAAUAAAUUUGAAACAGCACCCAAUAAAGAUACCAUGAGUGCCGGGAGUGCAACUUUGGAUCGUGAGUUAGCAAGUACUCGCCGCUUGCUCUGGGGAGAGAAUGUCAAAGAAGAUGUGUUUCGGCGGUGGGCGCAGGGCUUCCAGUUUAGUCCGGAUGAGCCCAGUGCCUUAGUUCAACUAGAAGGUGGUCCAUGCGCAGCAAUCGCUCCGGUUCAAGGCUUUUUGCUCAAAAUACUUCUAUCAGAGACACCCGGACACAGUUUUCAGGAUUUGACAUCGGAAAAGUGCAAUUCUCUACUUGUUAGGGCUGUGUGUACAAUAUUAAGCCAGUGUCUAGCUCCUAAGUACAAUGUUGCGGUGUACCGGAAGAAUGAAUCUGAUGCUGAGACUAGCGGAGGCAAUAACCAUGGUGUGGAAGAACAAUCCAGUUCUGUGUAUGAUACCUUAGAACAAUUCCAUCGAAAAAUUGAGGUGCAUCCAUUCCAAACAUUAUCUGAAGUGGAAGCUUUCUACACAAGGAACAUUAGAAUAUUGAAGGACAAAUAUGGUGUUCUACUUCUGUUGUAUAGUGUUAUCCUCAGCAAGGGUGUAGCUGUUGUGGAAGCAGAGCUUGCAGAACUAUCUGACCCACUCAUACAUUCAACAUAUGGCUAUGGCUCACAGGGACUUAUAAACUUAAUGCUCACAGGUAGAGCUGUAGCACAUGUGUGGGACCAUGACCAAGUUGUAGGGGGACUGAGGCUACGCGGUAUUGAAAGACAAAAUGAUAUUGGUUUCCUUACUAUAAUGGAACAUAUGCAGUAUUGCACUGUCGGGUCAUUUUACAAAAAUCCUAAACAUCCCGUGUGGGUGUUAGCAUCUGAUACACAUUUAACAGUCUUGUUUUCUCUGGAGCGACGCUUAGCUGCUCCCGAAACUGUUGGAGAGUCAGCAGAACGAAUUUUUCGCUCUUUUGAUCCAGAGGGAAACAACUUUAUUCCAUCAGCUGCUCUCCAAGAUGUGCUAUGUGCUGCUGACCUUGUGAGUGAACCUGAAUAUGUAGAGCUAAUGAGACGAAAAUUAGAUUCUGAGAAUUUAGGUAUUAUACUAUUAAGUGCAUUCAUGGAUGAGUUCUUCCCUGGAUGUGAACGUGGGGCACCAGACACAUUUACUUUGCACCAUUACAAUGGAUUACUGCGCAGUAAUCCAGGCGCGAGAGUUAUUUUCCGCACGGGUCGCGCGGCACUACUGGAGUGCCCUAUGCGUGCAGCCAGCACUGACGCCAUGUUGACGUGUCUUCAGACCAAGUGGCCUAGCAUUGAUGUGGUAUGGGAUGAUGGACCUUCACCGUCACUCAACUAGCACAGGUUACUCUCUUCUGAUGACCCCUUGCUUUGAACUCGUGAUGUGACACAGUGAGGAACACGUCGAAUGUACCUUUAGAUAUGUUUAAAUAAUGUCACUGAAAAUUCCAUUACUUUAUUGUAUUGACUUAUGUAUAAAAAUUGUAUUGGAUGGAUUGCGUCGAGGCUCUGCAUGGAUGAUUCUUGCACUGGUAAAGGCAGCUAUUUUGCAUAAAUUUGUCGUCCUCAAAGCAGGAUGAGGAUAUCGUGUCGCCAACAUAGCAUUAUGCAGUGUUCGGCUCUAUCCGAAAAUGGGACUUAGUAAUAAUAUUAUCUAAACACUGUUGUGAGAAUAGCUCCAAGCUACCCGUGUUAUUGAGUGAUCUGAUAAAUAAAGCAAUAAGCUUUUUGCAUGAAAAUAAUAUAAAAUGUAAAAUAUGAUUUUACAGUGCUCUAUUUUGUGUUGAUAAUUUUGGCCAUAAUUUGGACUGGACUGAGUACUGAAAUACAAUUCUAUUUUCAUACUAAGAUUAGCUGUGACGUAAUUUGCUCUAGGUCGUGAUCUAAUUAACUCGCAUUUUGAGUGAUGCCAAGAGUGGCUAAGCAAACUCAUAUAUUUCACUGUAGUGCUACUGCUGCUCUUGUACUGCUUCCACCGCGCCAAGUGAUACACGAACACUGCGACGGCAAACUUGUGCUUGUGCUGUGAAUAAACAAAAAUAAUCAAUAUAAUAAAUACACAUUGUUUGAAUUCACCAUUUACAGAAAAUUGUUUGCUUUCAUAAUCAGACCAGCUGACACCACUAAACUCACCCAGCAUGAGUACAGAUUUGUCUGUAUAAGCUACAUUUAAUUUAAAUAAGCGCAUAUGUAGCGGCUUGAUGUGACAUGACAUUAUUUAUAUUAUUGCGAUGUACAUACCUUACUUACCUACAAUAUGUCAUACCUAGAUAUGAGCUAUGGAUGCUAGCAUAAGAUGGUUGUAUGUAUGUAAGUGUACAGCCGACACUUGAGUGUAAUAUGUACUGAUGUAACAUUGUACUAUUCAGGGAAGGAAAGAAAACCAUUGAUUAUUGACUUGAUUGAAGACAAUUUGUACCUAUACAUUUUCGUUGAGAUAUUUGUGACUUACAUCAAAACAUUUUGUAAGCAAAGAAAAUAACAAAUUAAAACUGUCAUAUUCAUUUAUUGUUUUGCUUAUCUAAUGUUUCUUUGUGAUUACCUGAUUGACUACCUUUUACUUACUUUUACACUCCAAGAGAGUACUUGUAUAAUUUUACUUAUUAAUUUCUUAUGUAGUGAUUAUUGUAAUUUAUAUUUGGUCAGAUUAAUGUAAAAUAGCUGUACACAUUAGUGUCGCAUUAUAAAGAAUAUAUUGAAAGAUAUUUUCAGUUAGUCAUAAAUAGUGUAACAUGCUUUUCUAAUUACAAUUUGUUUGUUUUAUUUUAAUUUAUUACAAAUGACGCAGUCUGAACGCCACACGAAAUUGAAUUCAGUAUUCAAACAGAACUCUGAUUAUCUGUUAUGCGUU